AUGACGACUGUCGAGAAAAUCAAGGAAAUCGAGGCCGAGAUGGCUCGUACCCAGAAGAACAAGGCCACUUCCCAACAUUUGGGAGGUCUCAAGGCCAAGUUGGCCAAGUUGAGACGUGAGCUCUUGGCCCCCACCAGCGCCGGCGGUGGAGGACCAGGUGUGGGUUUCGAUGUGGCAAAGACAGGAGUGGGUCGUAUUGGAUUCGUCGGAUUCCCCUCGGUCGGAAAGUCGACCUUGAUGUCCAAGUUGACAGGAACACACUCGGAAGUCGCCGCCUACGAGUUCACAACCCUUACUACUGUGCCAGGUGUUGUCCAGUAUAACGGUGCCAAGCUCCAGAUCCUCGAUCUUCCCGGAAUUAUCGAGGGUGCCAAGGACGGCAAGGGUCGUGGUCGCCAGGUUAUUGCUGUGGCGCGUACCUGCUCGCUGAUUUUCUUGGUGCUGGAUGUGUUAAAGCCACUGGGAGAUAAGCGCAUUAUCGAGAAGGAAUUGGAAGGAUUCGGUAUCCGCCUGAACCAGAAGCCCCCCAACAUCUACUACAAGAAGAAGGAGAAGGGUGGUAUCAGCAUGACCAACACUGUGCCAUUGACACAUCUGGACUUGGACGAGGUCAAGGCAGUGUUGAGCGAGUACAAGAUCCACAACGCCGAUAUCUCGUUCAAAUGCGACGCGACGGUGGAUGACCUCAUUGAUGUCAUCGAGGGCAACCGUGUCUACAUGCCCUGCAUCUAUGUCCUCAACAAGAUUGACCAGAUCUCGAUUGAGGAGUUGGACCUUGUGUCCAAGAUUCCCCAUGCGGUUCCUAUCUGUGCCCAUCACGAGUGGAACUUUGACGAGUUGCUGUCCAAGACCUGGGAGUACCUUGAUCUGGCCCGUAUCUACACCAAGCCCAAGGGUCAAUUGCCCGACUAUUCGUCACCUGUUGUCUUGCGGCGCGAGACUGCUACCAUUGAAGGAUUCUGUAACAACAUUCACAAGGCCAUUCUCCGCGAGCUCAAAUAG